AUGCCCCCGUCCUCUCCAAUCCCCCGUCCUCUCCAAUCCCCCGUCCUCUCCAAUCCCCCGUCCUCUCCAAUCCCCCUUCUCUCCAACCCCCCGUGCUCCCCAACCCACCACCCUGCUGCCAGCAACCUGCGGGACAACCAGCUCACAGGGCGUCUACCCAACCCGCCACCCAACAUCGUGCAGUACCAGCUCGACAAGAACUUCUUCACUCAGGGCUUCUCCUCCCAGCCCAACUGCUCCGUCAUCUCCUUCCGAGGCAACUGCGUCCCCCAGUCAGACCCCUCGCUCUCCUGCCCGGGAGACAAGCAGAGGCACCCAGAGGUCUGCUCGUCCUUCUGCGGCCUCUCUGCCUCGGACCCUCCCUGCAACGGCCACGGAAAAUGCUUCCUGGAGGGCCCGAACAAGGUUCCGGUGUGCCAGUGCGACGAGGGGUUUCACAUCGGGGAGUACAGGGGCAGCUGCGUGCCACUGGUGGGUGGGUCGGCACUGAUCGCGCUUCAGCCUGUGGAGGUGUUAUCUGCUCUUACUGCGUCUGGGAGUGCGAGUGUGGACGGUGCGACCAAGUCCUUCACCCUCACGCCCCUGCAGGCGGGCACGACUGGAGCUGUGUUUCUCUCUGAGAAGGUCCCACUGUUCUCCUACCAGCUGAUUGCGGACGGGUGUGGGCGUGAGCUCGCCUUCUCCUCCUCCUUCUCGUUCACUCUCACCCGUGCAGCCAGUGCCGCGUUUGGCUCUGAUGGGUUUGCCUUUGUAGUGGCGUUUGACGAAACCCCCCCAGCAGAAGUCGUGGCGGGCGGCAUGGGGUACGUGGGGAUGGCUGCACGCAGCGUGGCAGUGGAGUUUGACACGUGGCAGGAUGGGGGAGCCAGUGGCACCAGCAGGAGCAGAAACAGCAGCAGCAGCAGCGGCAAGAGCAGCGGCGAACCUGCCGGGAACCACGUGGGAGUGAAUGUGAAUGGUAAUGCAGUGUCUGCAGCCACAGCUGCUGCCCCCAUGCCUCUCAACGACGGCACUCCAAAAUACGUCUGGAUCGAAUACGACCCCUCUGCUUCUGCUGCUGCUGCUCCUGCUGCUGCUCCUGCAGCUACUGCUGCCAGUGCAGCUGCUGGCACCCUGCGCGUCUUCCUCUCCUCCAGCCGCUCCCCGCGCCCGGCCAAGCCCGUCCUGUCACUGCGUGUCUCCCUGUGCGACGUUCUCCAGCCCACGCGCCUGGAGAGCACGUUUGCGGUGGGCUUCACUGCGGCAUCGGGCAGCCAGGCGCAGAGGCACGCCAUCUCCUCCUGGAACUUCACCACAAGGUUCCCCCAACCACCCGCCAAGCGUGGUGCGGCAUCUCUCGGCUUGCGGGUGAGCGAGGUGACCGUCAGCCCAGCAACGACGGGCAUGAACCUGCUCUUCCGCUACGCCAGCUCCGGCAUCCAGCCACCGGAGGUCGGCGACAGCAGGAACCAGUACAAAGUGCGCCUCACCUCCACGUGGCUCCUCCAGGACCUCUUCUGGCCCGUGAAGACGCAGACUGCAUGCGGCGACUGCUGGGCGUACGCGGUGGUGGGCAGCAUAGAAGCCGCCUACAGCAUCAUGGCGAACCUCUCGGUGGCGCCGCAGCUGUCAGCGCUGCAGCUGCGCUCCUCCAUGCGCGCCGACUGCCAGGGCGGCUCGCCCUCCCAGGCCUUCUCCUUCCUCCUCAAAGCUGCCCGCUCUGGCAAGGGCCCGCCCUCGGCUCGUAGUGGAGGGCGGAGCAGCAAGGCCGCGGUGCCUCGGAUGGCUCGCGAAGAAAGGGCCAGUGCGAAGCAACAAAAGAGGCGCCUUUUUCGGAGGCGCCUUUUUCAAAGGCGCCUUUUUCGGAGGCGCCUCCAGGGAGGUGGCGGGAGCAGCAAAGCGGUGGUGGCUUGGAAGGGACCUACUGCGAGUGGAAAGCAGGAGAGGAGUCCGCUGUGCAUGGGUCCGUUUGUUCCGCUCCUCAAGAUGCUUGGUAUCACCUGCAAUGGCAAAGGUGCCACUAAGCAGCAGGCACUCUCAGGCGACUUCUACAUCAGGGGAUUCGAGUCCACGUCUUUCUAUGGCUGGUUUGGCCUGCUGCUCGCUGUGCAGCGGCAGCCAGUGGUGGUGCAAAUAGAGGCAACGGCAACUUCUUUCCAGGAUUACGACGGGCUGUCCAAGUACCAGGACCCAGCGUGCUUCACGUACAACCUGAACCACGUGGUGCUGCUGGUGGGGUACCGCCUGGUGGGCAAGGACUCGCGCUUCCCCAACAUGGCGCCGCCUUAUUGGAUCAUCCGCAACUCGUGGGGGCCUGACUGGGGCGAUGGGGGCCACAUGCGCAUGGACAUCCAGGGGGGGGAUGGCGUGUGUGGCAUCAACACUCUCCCGGGGAUCUACCCGAUUGUCAGAGCGGUGUCGGACCCCUGCAACACAGCAGCCAGGAGCGACGCAUCAGGGUCGCUGUUCAACCCGUGCGGCAGCUUCAACUGUGUGGUGGACGGCAGCUCCAACCGCUGCAACUGCACCGACCCCCGGUUCAUUGAAGCCACCAACGCUGAUGGCUCACGUACCUGUGCCUAUGUGGACAUGUGUGGGGCGUUGGCCCGCAAUCCGUGUGCGGUGGGCACAUGUGUGAAUGACGGGGCGGGGUCGUACUCGUGUGUGUGUCCACCGGGCUUCAGGCAGGGCACCACCGUCGAUGGCACCUUCUCCUGUGCUCCAGGCGACACGCGCUCGCAGUACACGGUGAUGGCGCCCAACAUCUUCUGCUCAGACAUCUACCCCGUCUACGGCCUCACCCGUGACAACUUCACUACGCUCAAUCCCACUGUGAACUGCAUCGAGCCUCUACCUGUCGGCCUGACACUCAAUGUCACCGCCAAGCCCGGACUCGCCCCCUGCACCGUCUACUACACCACUGUCCAGGACGACACGUGCCAGUCCAUAGGAGAGUACUUCAACCUCAACGACUGCCGCAGCAAGGACCCCUCCUGCGCCACGGUCAUCCAGAGCCUCAACCCAGGCCUCAGCUGUCAAGGCGGGGCGCAGGUGCAGCCGAACCAGGCGGUGUGUGUGGAGCGGCGAGCAGGGGCGGCGGGGAAGGGGGGGCAGGUGAUACCGGUGUGCUCGCAGUACUACCUGGUGCAGACCGCCGAGACCUGCGAUGCCAUCCGCUCCGUGCCCAACCCGCCGCUUUCCCCGAUUGAGUUCUUCCGCCUCAACCCCGGCAUCAAGUGCGGCCGCCUCGUGCCCGACGCUGCUGGCCUCGACCUGCACACCGGCUUUGAGACUGUUGCUAGCGUGGACCUGCACUGGGGCUUUGAGGUAUGA